CUGCACAUAUAGGUGGCAACCUGCGGACAGCCUCUCCGACAUCCUCCCCCUCCACCAGUUCCGCCCAAACGUGCCAUCGCUGUCGCUUGUCACUACCACCCCCACUGGUUUCGUCCGAAACCAUCGCCUUCGUGAACCAACCUUUGCGAUACAGUGGCCAUUAGUGCUACAGCUAGCUGGGAAGGAAACGACGGGAUCGUGGCUUAUUGAAACCACUGAAACUCCCAUCUUUAUCAUCCUUCCUCUCCUCUCGUACCAGAAACGAUUGAAGAAGGAUUUAGCAUAAAUCCUGCAUAAGUUCUGCUUAAAACCGGCUGCCGAGCAGCCCCUUUGAAUUUCGUAGAGAAUGAGAACCUGCUUCACCCGUCAUGAGGAUCCCCAUUCUUUUUGCUAUAAGGCGAAAGCUCAAACCUUCCUUAAUCCAACAUAUUUGGCCUUCUGCUACUUUCUGUGACAAUCGGUGCAGAACAGAUGACGAUUGUUUGAGGGACCGUCAAGCUAGCUUGCUUUUUGGACCCAUUUCUGAUGAAUCCCUUCUUGGUCUUCCUUCUCCUGCAAGUGAGGAAGGCGAGGAAGAGGAGCAAGACAGCUGCAGUCCUCGUAAAAGAUUUUUGGCAGGGAUUAGAGUUCAAGCCAAUCAAAUAUUUCAUGUUCUCCAGCAGGAUGGACCGGGAUUCAAUGCCAGAGAAGCUCUUGAUGCUCUUAAAGUGAAGAUCUCCCCCGCUUUGGUGCGAGAACUUCUACUCCACAUACUAAGGUCCGUGAAUGGUGCAAACAAGCAACGAUUUUCGAGACUGGGGUACAAGUUCUUCGUGUGGGCAGGACAGCAGCAGGGGUACAAGCACACCCCUAAUGCCUACAAUCUCGCCAUGAAGAUUUUUGCCGAGUCAGAAGAACUGAAAGCCAUGUGGAGAUUAGUCGAUGAGAUGACUCAAAAUGGGCUUCCCAUCACUCCUCGCACCUUCAACAUCUUAAUUUCCGCUUCUGGAGAAGCCGGCAUGGCAAGGAAAGUUGUGGAGAGAUUCAUUAAAUCUCAGGACUUCAACUAUCGACCGUAUAAGCAUUCCUUCAACGCCAUCCUUCAUUCUCUCAUCAUCAUGAAUCAAUACAGGUUGAUCGAAUGGGUAUAUCAGCAGAUGCUCCUUCAGGGAUGCGAACCGGAUGUCUUCACCUACAAUGUGGUAUUAUGUGCAAAAUUCAGGUUGGGGAAGUUGGAUCAGUUCCAUAGACUGCUCGAUGAGAUGCGAGACAAAGGAAUUACACCAGAUAUACAUACCUAUAAUCUCCUUCUUCAUGUUCUUGGCAAAGGUGAUAAACCUCUCGCCGCUGUCGAGUUGUUGAACUACAUGACCGAUGUCGGGUGUCAUCCGACCGUGCUCCAUUUUACAAACUUGAUAGAUGGUCUCAGCCGCGCUGGAAAUCUCGAUGCCUGUAAGUAUUUCUUCGAUGAAAUGAUUAAGAAGGGGUGUGAACCCGAUGUAGUUUGCUAUACUGUCAUGAUAACAGGAUACACAGUGGCUUCUGAAUUCGAGGAGGCUCAUAAGCUGUUUGAUCAAAUGCUUGAAAGAGGGCAGCUUCCCAAUGUUUUUACAUUUAAUUCUAUGAUUCGUGGACUUUGCAUUGCUGGUAGAUUUGAUGAUGCAUGCUCUAUGUUGAAGGAUAUGGAAAAUAAAGGCUGUAAACCAAAUUUUUCUGUGUAUAGUACAUUGGUUAGCAGGCUUAGAAAUGCAGGAAAGGUUUCUGAUGCAAAUGAUAUAAUCAAUUAUAUGGUAGAGAGGGGUCACUAUCUUCAUCUAUUAACAAGGUUCAAGGGGUAUAGGAGAUGUUAGAUAACUGGAGAUAAGCUUCAAAGAGUUCUCUACAAGCUUUGGAAUAUCAUCAACUUCUCAAGUAGGAAAUAUUUACAUACAUACAACACAAUUCUCUAUGUCUUUACAUAUCCAUCACUCAAAGUUUAAUAUUUACAUUUAUAACACUUUGGCGUCAU